UAUGUCUACUUGUGUAGGAAGCAAGCCAAACGUGGAGCCGAUGCCUAGGCAGGACCUUAAACAGCAUAGUGCUUGCAGCCUUUGCCUAGGGGACAGCAUUCUUAUAGCAGUUAAGUGGAGGACCUUAAACAGCGUAGUGCUCGCAGCUAUCGACAAUACCU